CACCCUGAAACUUAAUGGCUAACACGAGCCCUCGCUCCCACUGAUAUCCAUACGAAACAAAAAUGGCUGCUCCUCUGCUGUCCAGAGCCAUUCCGCUCUUUCGCAUCCGUCUCCAACAUAGCCAACAACGGCUCGCCGUCUGGCUCAUUGAGCCCUUGCGUAAGUCUUGGUGUUCAGCUGCCGCGGAGUCGUCGGCUAAGUCUGAGGAGGAUGUAUUCCCUGCGGAGAAGACCACGACAGUAUUGACAGCAAGGAACCCAUUCAAGGAUGAAAGGUGGAAAGCUCCUGAUUACCGGAAGUGGAGACACGAGGAAGAAGAGAUCCUUCGCGAUAUUGAGCCUAUUAUUUCUCUCAUCAAAGAUAUUCUUCACUCUGAUAGGUAUAUGGAUGGGGAAUGUUUGACAACUGAAGACCAGAAAGCUGUAGUGGAGAAGCUUCUUGCUUAUCAUCCUCACUCUGAAGAUAAAAUUGGAUGUGGGUUGGACUCAAUUAUGAGAAAAAGAAAAAUAGAUGCGUUAGAGGGUACCAAGGAGGUGCCAACAGCAUACAACACUACAAGGGGGAAACAAAGCUCAAGAGAAACGCCCUCAAAAGCUCUCCUAGUUUUAUUUCCUAGUAGUCCAUAAAUGUUAUGAGAAAUAAAUGCAAUAACCUUCUGUCUUUUGGCUGUGCAAACCCUCCCACACAAACAACUUAUCUUGAAUGGAUCCUCUUAUUGCCCUCUUGAUACCCAAGGGACUAAUAACUGCCUUCUUGCCUUAGAACACCAAAAAAGAGAUGGUUAGGGGAUUCUUUUUCCUGGAUACACCACAGGCAUUGGUUAUUGAUGAUGCAGUCCCCUUUCCUGAAAUUGUCAUUGCGAAACAGCAUGGCCAGGCAACUUCCCAUGCAAGAAAAAGAAGCUGUAUGGGGGGUUCCUAGUUAAGCUGUCCUAGUUAAGCUGUCUAAGUAACGUGAUUCAUAGAGAACUUGCCAUUCUUGGACGGAAGCCACACAGCCGCAUCCUAAAAAUUUUGAUUCACUGAGCGAAAAUCCAGAGCAGCAAGAAGAUUCACAUCCUCUGCAAUCUUAACAUUAAUUCAAAAAAGUUAUUCAAGAUUGAAAGUUCCUCCCCUAGCCUUCCUAAAUUUGGUUAGGCUGGGGAUGGCGGGGCAGAUAUAACUCCAGGAGCAUCUUCUUGUUGCUGAGGUCCUCAAGUCCUAAAGAUGAAUUUUUUUCCUGCAUGUUAGAUGCAGUUUCAUCUUUGUACUUGUAGCAAUGGGCAAUCUGUAACUGUGGUGUGCUUUAUUCAUUUUCUUAAUUAAAGGAAUAACUUUAUUAAGAGAAAGAAAAAUUAUAAAAGAAAAGGAGAGGAUAACAUAUCUCCCAGCUAAGUCUUAUAUUUGUUGUUUUUGUGGUUUGAUGAGUUUUUUUUUUUACAGCACUUCUGUUGUGAAGGCAAAAGAUUAGUGUUAUGAGCCAAAUACGUGGUUUCUACUUUAACUCUACUCCUCUUUGUUGGUUUCACUCAAGAAUCUUUCUAACAAUUCCUAGGAUUAUUGUGCAUUGUUUAUUUUUCUGGUUAUCAAUAUCAAGCAAACCAUGUCUGCAUCUCAAUGAAUAGCCUCUCCCAUAAGUCUUUUGGGGGUUAUAUGGGAGAGGCUACUCUAGCUAGAAAGAGUCUUACUCCGAAGCAUUGAUGGGACUCAUUCCACACUCUCCUUCAGUCUAGAUUCUACAAUUUAAUCUAUCUAUUCUAACUACCAUACUAAAAAGACUUCAAACAUCUUAAGAAUCCACCUGGAGGUGAAUAAUUGUGAGGGACCCUUGAGUAACCCCUGUACUCUCUCUUCUUUAUGAGAGGGGGACAGUUCAUUCAUUAAAAUGUCAUGAGCCUGACAACUGUCUGGCAAAUUGCUGAUAGGAGCCCAGAACAACACAAGAAGGAUUGCACGUAAGUUUCUAUUUUUGGGAUAGAAAAAACCACACUUUUCUUUUAUUUCUUCCUUCCUAUUCCCUUCAUAAUCUGAUGAGGUUUAAAUAGAAAUGAAACAAUAACUUCUCCCUGCUAUCCAGGGAGCAUGACACCAGUAACAACCAAGAAAAUCUCACAAAAGGAUAAGAUCAAUGUUGGAAUUAAAUAAUUAAAAAAAAACGGGGAAAUUGAUGUUGAAUAGUUUGACCGAAUCUUGUGGGAGUUCGGCUUGCUUCCACAAUACCGGAAUCAGAGAUAUUUGGGAUUCUUGACCGGGAUCCUUGUUGAUCUUCUUCUUGUAUCAUUGCGUCCCUCUUUUGCAAGAAUCUUGUCCUCAAGGUUCAAGGAGCCAAAUUUAUCUGUUAGUUCUCUGCUAUUUUCCCAUGUAGCUUCUUCUGGAGGCAAAUUCUUCCAUUGGACCAGGCUCUCUUCAACAAUUUUUGCUCCCUUCUUGAUCCAUCGGGUUUCCAAAAUGGUUUGGGGUUGGAGCAUUAGGUCCCCAUCUUUAGAUAUUUCAAGCAGAUGUUCGGUCGGGGUAACCGCUUCACCAAUCUGUUUUCUUAACAUGGAGAUAUAAAAAACGGGAUGGAUACGCGACCCUUGCAGCAGCAGAAGCUUGUAAGCAACUAGUCCAAUUCGACGGAGGAUCUGAUAAGGUCCGUAGUAUCGACAAGCGAGUUUAUGUAAGGCUCUCCUGAAAACCGUUUGCUACUGAUAUGGUCGAAGCCUGAGAAAGACCCAAUCGCCCUCCUGAAAUUCGACUUCUUGUCGAUGGGCAUUGGUGGUCGCUUGCAUGUGUCUGUUGGCUACUUGUAAAUUGGUUCGAAGUUGUUUAAGGAGGGCAUCUCGAUUACAAAGUUGUUGGUCAACUUCAUUGAUAAGGGUUGAGCCGUCUUGGUAACGAGGAAUGGGUGGCGGUGGCCUCCCAUAUAGGGUCUGAAAGGGCGUCAUCUUGAUAGAGGAGUGAUAGGUUGUGUUGUACUAAAAUUCGGCCCAAGGAAGGAAGGGACUCCACUUGCGUGGUUGUUGGUGGCCUAAGCACCGUAGAUAUUGUUCCAAACUGCAGUUCACGACCUCUGACUGUCAAUCUGUUUGCGGGUGGUAAGAGGAGCUCAUCCGGAGCUGGGUGCCUGACAACUUAAAAAACUCUUACCAAAAGCGGCUAAUAAAGACCAGAUCUCUGUCACUAAUUAUGGAGCGAGGCAUACCAUGUAGUUUAACUACAUUGCCCACAAAUUUUUCUGCCACGGUCUUAGCGGUGUAGGGAUGAGCCAAAACAAUGAAGUGCGCACUCUUACUGAGACGAUCAACCACAACUAAGAUAAUAUUCUUUUUGUUUGAGAGAGGCAGUCUUUCAAUGAAAUCCAUGGAAAUAUCAUCCCAUAUAUGGCACGGGAUUGGCAAUAGUUGGAGGAGGCCAGCUGGUGCAAGUGUCUCGGUCUUGACACAUUGGCAGGUGUCACAUGCCGCUACAUAUUCUUUAAUAUCUCGGUGCAUGGAAGGCCAAUAAAAUUGUUGGGCCAAUCUUUUAUAAGUUCGUUGAAAACCUGAGUGGUCACCAGCCAAAGAUGAGUGGAAUUCCUGCAGUAAUUGUUGUUUGAUUUCUAAUUUAGGAGGGACAACAAUUCGAUUCUUAAAAUAAAUCAACCCGUUCUUGAGUUAAAGGAACCACCUGCUAAGUCAGCGGCUAACUUGCGGGCUGUUUGCAUGUAGGGAUGAUCCGCAGCUCCCCGGAUGGUGUCCCGUAAUUUAUUUUUGGGCAUAAAGAUAGCAUGUAAUGUGGGGCUAUCUUCCUUACAAGAUAGAGCAUCAGCGGCAAAGUUGUCUUUUCCGGGCCUAUAUACGAUCUCAUAUUCGUAGCCAAAUAACUUAGAGAGUCAUUUUUGUUGUUCCGGGGUUGUGAUUCGUUGGUUCAGCAGAUGCUUCAAACUUUUCUGAUCCGUGUGCACAUAGAAUUUUCUGCCCAUCAAAUACCGACUCCAUAAUUUUAUGGCAAUAACAAUGGCAAGCAUCUCUUUGGCGUUGACCAUGACUGCUUGGCAACCCCUAAUGCCCGACUCAUGUAAGCUAUAGGUUGCCUGUGCUGGGUGAGGACGACCCUGAUGCCGCAACCAGAAACAUCAGUUUCUAUGAUAAAUGGCUCUUCAAAGUUCGAGAGUUCCAAGGUAAGAGUGGUGGUCAUGGCAACUUUGAGGUUUUGGAAAGCUGAUUUUGCUUCUUCGAACCACCCAAACUGCCCCUUUUUUAGGAGAUUAGUCGGAGGUCGAGCAAGGAUUCCAUACUGCCGAACAAACUUCCGGUAAUAGCCAUCAAACCCAAAAAUCCCCUUAAUUCCGUGACGUUGUUUGGUCGAGGCCAAUCUAAGAUGGCGUUAAUUUUGGUUUGAUCCACUUUGACCCCCUGUUAGGUGACUAUGUGCCCCAAGUACUCAAGUUCUUUUUGUCCAAAGACAUUUUUUUAGUUUAAUGAAAAAUUGAUGUUGCCGGAGGUGUCAAAAACCUGCUUAACCUGCUUAAGAUGCAGUUCCCAGUUGGGACUGUAGAUUAAAAUGUCAUUAAAAAAAGUGAAAGAAACUUACGAAAGUGCUGGCGGAAGAUGUUGUUCAUGAUGGCUUGGAAGGUGGAAGGGGCAUUGCAGAGCCCAAAUGGCAUGACGAGAUAUUCAUAAUGACCGUUAUGGGUGCGGAAGGCCGUCUUGUGAAUAUCUAUUGGGUGUACCCUAAUCUGGUGAUAACCUGCAGUGAGGUCGAGUUUAGUAAAGAAAGCAGCUCCAUGGAGUUCAUCCAACAUGUUAUCAACCGUAGGAAUGGGAAACCUAUCUUUGAUGGUGACUAAAUUGAGGGCCCUGUAGUCGGUACAAAACCUCUAAGUCCCAUCUUUCUUGCGUACUAAUAGCACCGGUGAAGAGAACGGACUGGUGCUUGGCCGGAUCAGCAAUGAAUCAAGCAUUGUAUUCACUUGUUUCUCAAUUUCACUUUUCUGGAAAUAAGCAUACCGGUAUGGCCUAACAUUUACAGGUUCAACCCCUUCUUUCAAAUUGAUGUGGUGAUCAACGUCUCGGCAGGGAGGAAUGGACUGCGGGUCCUUGAAGAGAUCCUGGUACUGAUCCAAGAGGGCCUGCGUGGGAGAGGGAAAACCCUCUGCCUGCAGAUGUACUACGAACAGGGAGGAUUGCCGAAACGUGCCCUUGAUGAUUUCUUUUGCUGAAACAAUCUGGAGUGGUGGAGCGUCAAGGCCUCGCAACGGUCGUGAUCGACCACCCCACUAUAAUUCCAUGGUCAUCCGACCCCAAUCACACAUAACCGUCCCUAAUGCUUCCAGCCGCUGAAUUCCAAGAACAAAAUCGAGACCAGUUAACGGCAACGCAAAAAGGGUCAAAUGGAAGAGUAUACCUCGGAUGUUAACCGGCACAUUAUCAAAUUGUCUGUGACACCUCAUCG